UCUCUAGGUGAUUUAGCGCCGCCAGUCUCAAGCAGGUGUCCAACAUGGCGAUCACGGGGAGCGGAUCUCUCGCUAUUUCUCUCUCAGUUUUCGUGAUUUCAGCGGCGUUUCUUCGGAAAGGAGCUGCUGAAACCGUGACAGUCGAAGGUCAGAACCUGGCGACCGACAACGUGUCGGUGAUCGAGGGGGAAAUGGCCACCAUCAGCUGCAGAGUGAAGGACAACGACGACUCCGUCAUCCAGCUGCUCAAUCCCAACAGACAGACCAUCUACUUCAAAGAUGUUAGACCUCUGAAGGACAGCCGGUUCCAGCUGGUGAAUUUCUCUGACAACGAACUGCGGGUGUCUCUGUCCAAUGUGUCACUCUCCGAUGAGGGACGCUAUGUGUGCCAGCUCUACACAGAUCCUCCUCAGGAAGCCUAUGCAGACAUCACUGUCCUGGUCCCGCCAGGCAACCCAAUCAUCGAGAGCCGUGAGGAUAUGGUCAGCGAGGGGAACGAGACGGAGCUCACCUGCACAGCCAUGGGCAGCAAGCCAGCCGCCUCCAUCAGAUGGAUGAAAGAGGAGGAAGAACUGACAGGUGAGACAACAGUUGAGGAGACGUAUGACAGGAUGUUCACUGUCACCAGCCGUGUAAGAUUUUCUGUCACCAAAGAGGAUGAUGGAGUGCCAGUGGACUGCAUCAUUGACCACCCAGCUGUAAAGGACCUCCUGGCUCAAAGACACUUGGAAGUGCUAUAUAAACCAGAAGUGAAGAUUGUGGUGACAUAUCCUGACGGUUUAACCAGAGAGGGUGACAAUCUAGAUUUGACAUGUAUCGCAGAAGGAAAACCACAUCCCCACCAGAUCAACUGGCUUAGAGUAGAUGAGGAUGUGCCGCCUCACGCCGUGGUCACCGGCUCUGAUCUGUACAUCGAGAACCUCAACAAGUCCUACAACGGCACCUAUCGCUGUGUGGCGUCCAAUACUGUGGGAGAGGCCUACGACGACUACAUACUCUAUGUAUAUGAUGCUCCCACUACUAUCCCCACACCCACCACCAACCCAGUCAACACACAAGACUCCAGAGCCGGCGAGGGGGCACCGCAGAAAAUUGACCACGCUGUCAUCGGAGGAGUGGUUGCCGUGGUGAUGUUUGCCAUCCUCUGUGCACUCAUUGUUCUUGGUCGAUACUUUGCCAGACACAAAGGAACUUACUUCACACAUGAAGCCAAAGGGGCAGACGAUGCAGCCGACGCAGACACGGCCAUCAUCAAUGCGGAGGGCGGACACAACAACUCGGACGAGAAGAAGGAGUACUAUAUCUAAACUGGACAGGCCAGGAGAGACGGGUGGGGAUGCUGGUGGUGGUGGUGCUGUAGGAGAGCAUUAUGUCUAACUCUGAUUGGUUACGCGAAGGCUUUGGGGAGUGGGGAGGGCGAGAUUUAAAGAGGAAGAAAAGAAAGUGGAAAGUUGGACUGGCAUGGCCAAGUGGUAAGAAGAGGCCUUGCUGAGUCUCCUAUCCGACCCUUCCUGGACUGCUGGGGCCUAUUCUGUACAGUUCAAUUAUUUUACAGACAAUUUUGUGCCUUGUUCUAUUUCUUUUCUUUGUUUUGUUGUUUUUUCCCCCCUUCUCAUGCUUGUUGGAUUGGAUUUUUCUUUUUCAAUGUUACCCACCCGAUCCUUUGUUGCAUUUGGCUUCCGGAGUUUAAAUGGGCCUGGUGAUUGUCUAUGUGUUCUGCGGCUAGCUUUUAGCUCAUGUACCCAGAUCUGAGUAGCCAGCUCAUACACAGUUUAUUUUCUUUCCCGACUCAUCUACAGAGUUUAGUAACUGGAACACAUUUCUCCCUGCUGGUUCAAAAUCAAACACGCAUCACAGUUCAGUUUCAGCAUAUAGUAUUCCAGCGCAGAUUUCAGUCACCCUCCCUUCGAGGUCAGGUUCACUGUGUUGAUUACUAAUGUAACAGUUGUGAGUAAUCAUGCUCAUCAUAGAAUGUAUUUGUUCCUGAAAGUGAAGUAGGAGUGCCGUUAAGUAUCGUUUCACACUGAACCGCAAAGUACAACUGGUCGCUCGUUGGUUUUAAGAGAACAUCUGACAAUUAGUAGAUGUGAGGUCAGUUUAGUAUUUGUUUAGGGUAUUGUGGAGUACAGUCAGACAUCUUGACAGCUGUAAUGUGCCAUGAUAUAGAAUAAAAGUUUUUAUAGAGAAAAUCGGAAGCACUUAUUCCUUUUUUCCAACUCUGUAUCGGUUUUUUUCUGCUGAUUAAGAGGACAGCAGUGAAUCAACCAUAUCAGAUUACAUUUACUUACAUCUGUUGUUGUUUUUUGUCAGCAGAGAAAAAAAUCUAAGCAAUAGUUCGACAUUAUUUGACAUCAUAGUCUUUGUGCUAAGCAAAGCUAACUGUCUGCUGGCUGUAUAUUCAUGUUAAGUGUGCACACACACUGGAAGAGUGGAAAUGAUCUUCUCUUGGUAAGAAAGUGUAUUUCCCAAAAUGUCGAACUACUCCUUUAAAAACAGCGCCUCUUUCCAAGCGUGAGUUAUUAUUAGCUUUCUUUUGUCAGAACUAUUUUUCUUAUCAUCCUUUGGAUGGAUGGACCAAAAACAGCUGAUAAGUACCGAUCCAAAAGACUAUAUAUGGUAGAUGCGUAUAUGCGUUUAUAUGGGUUUUAGGGUCAAACUUUACUUUGACUUUAUAAUUACAUCAACCUUGUAGUACCUACUGUAAAAGAGUGACUUUUCCAGCUGCAUAGAUCAUAAACUCUCAUUAAAAUGUAUUAUUUGUUGGAUAUUGGUACAGCCUGCUGUGUGUGCUAAACAUGGAAUUCUUCACAUUUUUAUAUCACCCACACGGUCGACCCUGGACCAAAUAUAGUAAUUAUGCGAGUGUGCGUAUAUCCAGUGAAUAUUACUUCUAUACAGCAAAGGCUGAAUGUCCACUGUGCGGAGUGCUCCUCUUUCUUUCUUCUUUGAUAAUACAGUACACCAACCAAUUAACUGGAACUGUUUCCAGGGCGUUGGGGUGUUGUUUUUAUUUUAUUAUUGAGAUUGUACGGUGUUAAAGGGAAGAACGAUUGUUACACUUUCAGUGGCAAAGAUUCCUUUCAGUGAUGUUUAAAGUAUCACGGUAUUUCCAUGUGAAUACCCAGAGUAAGUGGGGGGAAAUAAAUACAGCUUUUCACUGCUUAUUUCCUGGAUUAGAAAUCCUUGCUAAAUAUACCGUACGUUUUUGCCCUUGCCCAUAUUUGAGUAUAAAGAAAUUCAAUCACUGCAAACAUGAAUCGGUUAUAUUUCCUUGCUGUCUGUAAAGACAUGUUACCUUUGGGCUGUCUUUGAUAACUUGCAAGGGGCUCCCUGCCUUACAAGUUACCAAAGAUUGUGCGUCAAGCUUUAGACUUGGUUUGGGGAAAGAUCAUUUUCUUACUGUCAUCUGCAGGCUCAAACCUUCACACACAAGCCGUCUACUUUUGCAAAUUUAUUUUUUCCACCCACCAAAACAAAUCAGACAGAGACGCAGUGUAUCACAGCUAGAAGAGAAAGAGCCUGUUUGGUAAUAAGUGAGUGAUAUCAUUGUAUUGCCUGAAUAAGACAAAAAAAGUGUAAAUGUACUACGAAAAAGGAUAACCACUGCCUUAAACCCACCUCUUGAUACUUAUCAUUGAAAGGACUGAAGGACUUAAUUUAGUGCCUUCUUUGAUUUUGAGGCAUAUGGUUAGUAUCUCACAGUAUCCUCAUGUACACUCUUACCGUAUAUAUCGUGUAUAUAGCUGUUCUUUCUAUAACUUACAGGUCCAAUACUCAUCCAGGUUGUCUGUAUUCACGCACCGUAGACUUCCAUCACAAUUACGACCUGGAGCAUAAAAACUGGAACGAGUUUUAAAAAAAAAAAUACAUGUCCUUGUUAAUCAUGGCGGUGUGGCAGCUUCCACUGACUAGAAUGUUCUAUGCCAGGAUGUAGUAUUUAUUGUCUUAAUUAGUGAUCAGAAAUCUGUUUCAAUUUGGUCAUUAUUAUUUCCCCACUUUACUUCAUUUAUUUAUUUGGAUAUCUUCAAGGGCAAGGCUUGCUAGUAAUGUCAGAGAGGAACACGCUACUAAUAGCUAUAUUAAGCUAUAAUAAAAGUACAUUUUAGAGUCAUGGAAACAGUUAUGUGCAUGACCUUUUACUUUGAGGUUUGAUAUUUAUCUUAAAUGGGUAUAAAGUGACUGCU